AUGCCCGCACUCGCUGACGGUCGUGUCGACGAACGCAUCCAAAACUACACCAAGUUCUGGCAGAAGGACAUCAGCAAGGAUGGCAAGGCAGAUACCGACAACCGUGUUGACAGCUACACGGAUGUUGUCAACGGCUAUUACGAUGGUGCGACCGGGCUCUACGAGUUUGGUUGGGCACGGUCGUUCCACUUCUGCCGCUUCUACAAGGGCGAGGCCUUCCAGGCAGGCCUUGCUCGUCAUGAGCACUACCUUGCGGCGCAGAUGGGCCUUCGCCCCGGAAUGCGGGUACUUGACGUUGGCUGCGGUGUCGGCGGGCCUGCGCGCGAGAUCGCGCGGUUCGCCGACGUGACGAUUGUUGGCCUGAACAACAACGACUUCCAAAUCGGUCGCGCGCGCAAAUACACCAAGCAAGCGGGCCUGGAGAACCAGGUUUCGUUCGUGAAGGGCGACUUCAUGAAGCUGUCUGAGCAGUUCGGCGAGAACUCAUUCGACGCUGUGUACGCUAUCGAGGCGACCGUCCACGCGCCUACAUUCGAGGGUGUGUACGGCGAGAUCAUGAAGGUGCUCAAGCCGGGAGGAGUGUUCGGUGUGUACGAGUGGGUCAUGACCGACGCGUGGGAUCCGUCUAUCCCCGCGCACAAGGAGCUCGCCAACCGCAUCGAAAUCGGCAACGGCAUUCCCGAAAUGCGCCCGCUCAAGCAGGCGCGUCAGGCGAUGCGCAACGUCGGCUUUGUUGUGGAGCACGAGGAGGACCUUGCAGACCGCCCAGAUGAGGUCCCAUGGUACUACCCACUCGAGGGUGACAUCCGCAAGGCGCAGACCGCGUGGGACCUGCUCACUGUCUGGCGCUGUAGCUGGAGCGGCAAGCUCGUGACACAUUACGGGCUAUGGUUCAUCGAGCAGCUUGGUGUCGUCCCCAAGGGCACCUGGGAGGUUGGUGAGACGCUCAAAAUUGCCGGAGACUCAUUAGUCGAUAGCGGCAGGGCUAAGCUCUUCACGCCAAUGUAUCUCGCCGUCUGCAGGAAGCCUGGCGGGAACUGA